GUUUUUCCUUUCUUAUUCAUUAGAUGAAAUGUGCUUGAAAAGUAUAUAAAGAGUAGACAUCUGCUAUCUUUUCUUUUAUUUUUUUUGAAAAGUCAUUAAUCUAUUCACUCGCUUCAAAUCCAUUAAAUAUGCAAUUUUCUAAAGUUUUAGUUCCAUCUGUUUUAGCUUCUGCUGUUGUUGCUUCUAACGUUACUGUCACCACUGACGUUGUUGUUACUGACUACACUACCUACUGUCCAGAACCAACUUCUCUUGUUAUUAACAACAAAACUUUAACCAUCACCGAAGCCACCACCAUCACUGUUACUGGUCCAUGUACCAUCCCAACCACUUACACUUCUGAAGCUCAAUCUUCUACCGUUGCUGCUGAAUCUAAAUCCGCUUCUAACGGUACUGCUGAAGUUACUACUUACGAAGCCGGUGCUGCUAAAAACUAUGCUGGUUCUUUCAUUGGUGCUGCUGCUUUAGCUGCUGCUUUAUUCUAAGCAACCCCACUAACCUUUAUAUUGUUACUGGAUAUCCUAUAAAUUGUUUUUUUUAUUUUAUAAUUCUUUCGUUUACUUGAAUUGAAUCGGUAGUGCUGCAUUCUGAUUUUACUUUAUUUAAUUUGCACGGUUACUUCAAAGUUUUCUUUCUGCGCAAACCUUCAAUUCAGUUUUUUGACUCUUCUGUAUUUUUAAUUACCAUAAUUAAUUUUUAAUAUAUUCAUAAUUGAAUGUUUUAUUGUAUUCG